AUGGGGGACCUUUCGCUGGGAUUUGAGAAGUCCUGCGUUGAAAUCGAACAAAAGCUGGUCGGUUGCCGCCGAGCUGGGUACCACGCUCUAGACUGUAUUCGGUUGAAGUGCAGUUCCGAAGGUGCUGCUGUCACACAAUCGUUGCUUGCUUUCAGCAACGAUCGAGCAGUUUACGUCACGAACCUGACAGGAAUUAGGUACUCACUCGUUAGCCACGAAGGCAUCGUAAACUGUCUGCGUUGGCAGCGACUCGGAGGUCAGGGCAACCUUUACGGCACGGGAGUACUCGUGAGUGGCGACGCAGCCGGCGCUCUGUGCGUUUGGCGCCCGCAGGGCUUGAUUCAUCGUUUCGACCUGGCGAAGCUAUUCUCAACGACAGAUUCUGCGACGGAUCACUCACUCUUUUCGAUUGUUUGUUUAGCAGUUCCGCCUGGUGCCGGCGAAGUGGCAACUGUUGGUACGAGCGGGCCGCUCUUCAGUUGUACUUCUGGUGGCUAUCUUUAUGCAUUUGAGUAUGCGAACACGGCAUCGGCAGUACAACUUACAGCCUUGCCUGAGAGUGUAGACUGCUUGCCUUUGGGUUCUGGAGCGAUACGAUCGGAGCAAUCUUUUGAUGGAUGCUAUCUCGUGUUUGUUGGCAAUACCAUAGGUACCAUUGAAGGUUUUUUGUAUAACAGCAAGCACCAAACAUUCGCAAGAACAACAACAAUCGAAGGACAUGCAGACUGUAUUCGAGACGUGGCGCUGCACGUGAUGGACAUCCGAAAUCAAUGCGCCGAUCAACUGCAAAAUCGACGGAAUGCUACUGGGCACGUCUUACUCGCGUCUGCGAGUCAAGACGGCACAGCUCGCUUGUGGCUCGUCGCGUCGAGCACGCAUCAGGGACAUUUGGAUUUAAUAGAUGACCCGGAGUGCCUUACGGUGCUCUAUGAUCAUCAGUCAGCUGUUACCACUGUGAAAUUUAUCCGGGGCUCGUGUUGUGCAGACGAGAGGCCUCGUUUGUUGACGGCAGCCUUUGACCGCACCGUGAAGCUCUGGGAGCUGAGUGGGGAUUCAGCGCCAAGGAUUCAGCGUGUUGCAGAGAUGGGUGUUAUCGGUGAGCAAAGCUCCUUCCAUGGGUUCUACAGCGCCGCCUACGGGGAAUGGGAUGACGGUCAAAGCGUUGUUUUCGCAACAACCUACACUGGUGCCGUCUUCCAGUGGCGGAAUGCAUCAUCUCAGAAUCUGUGGCGUAACGAUGAGCCGUGCAUUAGGGGGCACAACCUGGGCGUUACUGAUUUGGACUGGUGCCCCCCUGAUGGCUUGAUGCUCGUCACCGUUUCGCGGGAUAUGACGUGCAGACUCUUUGCUAAGGCGCAGGUCACCACUGCGUAUCAGUGGGUGGAAUUAGCACGCCCUCAGGUGCACGGUCACGAAAUUUUCGCUGUUCGCUUUGUCGGAAAAAGUGGGCUGAAACUAGCAUCUGCUGCAGAAGAAAAAGCGGUGCGUUUGUUUGAUGCUCCCCAGCAGUUUGUCGAGGAAUUAUCUGGUAUAUUGCAAACAACGAGGCCGGAGGCCUGUUCUGACGGAAAGCCGCGUCCCGUUCGAGCGUCCCGCAUCGCGCUUUCCCUUACGAACCAACCUGAGUAUGAAGCAUCAGAAUCAAACGAGGGUGAGGAGAUUCAUAGGGACCUGAGCCCCAGCGCCGGACGACUCGGAAGGUUCCCUGCAUCGGGCGCUUCGCCUCGAACGGAGGCGACACUUCAGCAAGACACUCUAUGGCCAGAGUGCGAGCAACUAUUUGCUCAUCCAAACAAUGUUCAGCGGUUGGAUUCCAUCGAGCAACAGGACGGCUCUUUCAUCCUAGCCUCUGCCUGUGUCGCACAAUCUAUGCGGGAAUCCGCUAUUCAGCUGUGGGAGAUUCAAGAUGCGGCUGUUGAACUCCAUGAUCUUCGUUGCCAUGAUCUGACCGUGACGGACCUUCGUUUCGCGUAUAGGAUCGUAGGAAAAACCCGACGGAACCUCCUGCUGUCCGUGGCGAGGGAUCGCUCGUGGAUUGUGUGGAAUGUGCAUUCCCGAGAGGUUAUCUCGCGGAGAAAGAAUGCACAUGCGCGAAUGAUCCUCACAUGCGCUUGGGUGGAUCCCCAACAAGGGCUUUUCGCCACUGGUGGACGGGACAAGUGCAUUCACUUGUGGCAAGUUUCGAAUUUCGAUGCUCCAGAAGCAGAAUCCUUGGCAGAGCCUCUUCAGUCGUGGCGUCUGCACAGUGCCGUCACGGCGAUGGAUGUGUUCAGUGACAGGCCGGAUCGCGCCAUCGUCCUCGCUGGCCUUGAGUCCGGAGCUCUUCACGGUUUCAGCGUGAGCACGGUGGCGCCUUACUGCUCGAAAGCGCUCCAGAUGUCUGAAAACGUCCGACACGUUCGAGCGGUAAGUCGAAUUCGUUUUCGACCCCGAUCGAGAGGUGUGUUUGCGUCCUGCAGUGAAGAUGGUAGCGUGAUGAUAGCGCGUAUACUCACUACGGAAAAGAACGAGGUUGCUGACACCGUUUCUACUUUCUAA